UCUGAUGAGAGCCGACAAACUGAGACAGUUCUUUCGUUUAUGGCCGAUAACACUACUUUACACGGUGCCCGAUUUCUCCUCGGUAGAAACGCUGUCAGAAGAUGGUUAUGGACAUUGGCUAUAUUUUUAUGUUUUGGCUUUUGUGUCUAUCAAGUUUAUGUUUCCAUGGUUGAAUUUGCAAAUUAUGAAUUCUCCACGAAAAUAACGACGAAGAUACCGUCUAAGUUAGAGAACGUUUCUUUUCCAGCCGUAACACUUUGUAAUUAUAACCACUUCAAUUUGCGAAGGUUUGAAAACACCGCACGGAAGACGUUUACAACCUGGAGCAAUGAAGAUGUUAAGCGAAAGCUUCAUAUUUACAAAAUAAUGCAAACAAGCCAUGGAAGACAUAUUUGGAGUAACAAGUCAUCCUUAGAGAGUAACCCUGAGUUGACCACGCGUCUUCGAGAUAAUGAAUCACACCUUGAUUAUCAAGUCCUCUUUAGUCAUCGCAUUGAAGAUAUGAUUCUUCCUAGCCCUCCAUUCAAAUCCUGCAACAUAAACGGUGAAGCCUGUGGACCGAAGGACUUCAAAACAUUUUCCAACCUAGCGUUUGGUCAAUGCUUCACAUUUAACUCCGGACAAGGCCAUUUUAAAGUAAGAAACGCCACUACGGAGGGUCAACUAAAUGGCUUGAAGCUGUUACUUAACAUAGAGAGAGACAGUUACCUGGAUAAUCCGAUAAGUCCAUUCGUUGGGCUGACAGUUUUGGUACAUGAUCAACAAAUGCUUCCUGUUAUGGAGCAGUUUGGCUUUGCCGUUCAACCAGGGGUCCGUACACUCUGCAACAUAAAAAGGAAAAAGGUUUGUUACCAACACGAAGCUCUGUUAAUCUAAGCAUAUCUCCAGAUGUUUUUGAGACACAAAUUGCAGAUUGUGCAAUUAAAGUGUAAAACCAAAGAGAUCAACAUUUCUCUUAAAGUUUUCAAUGCAGCAAGCGUUGCUCGAAGUUAAUUAAUUUUCUAUUUUCGCUGAAAUUGCGACUAGGCCUCGUCCACGCGUAUCCAGAUAAUUUUGAGGAUGGAGAUUUUUUCUUUGUCCUAAAAAAAAAAAAAGAAAAAAAAAGAAAGAAAAAACGCGUCCACACGUAGCGUAUUCGAAUCAUUUCGCCCGUAAACACAAAAACACCAAAAACAACCACUUAAUAAAAAUUAAGAAAGCCCUAACCCUAAACCUAAACCUAAAUUAAAAAUUAUCGUUAAAACGAACCCUUUAUUGUAUUAGAGAGGGCAAAAGCUAUUAUCCGCAUUAGGUGCGAUCAUUGAAUCAAUCAAAUCACGUUAUUUGUAUAUCUCAUACAGAUUAUAUCUUAAUAUCUCAUACAGAUAAUAAACCUGCCAAAGCCGUAUGCAACAAACUGCUCCGACAGAAAUCUGCACAUGCUAAGAAAUAGCAGUUACAAGUAUUCUCAGCCCGCCUGUAUGCUGGAAUGUUUGAACAAGCUAUUUAUAAAAAUAUGCAGUUGCCGCCUCUUACAAUAUAAAGGUAAGAAUUAAGAGCCGUUUCAGAGGGAGAGUUCAUCUUCAAAAUCCUUCUAAACAGACGAAUAAUCAGAUGCAUUGAGUCAGACGCAUUAUUCAUCUAAAAUGACAGUCGUCCCGUUUUCAUAUUAAGACGGAUUUUCCUCUCACACCACAGUUAACCGCGGCAGGAUUAGUUCAGUCGGUAGAGUGCUUGACUACAGAGCGCAAGGUCGUGGGGUCGUUUCCCGGGGCCGGACCAAUGCCUGCGGUCUUAAAAGAACUAAGAAACGAAGGUACUUCCUUUGCCCUGCAAGCGACUAGACCUUCGCUUUGAUUGGAUGACCGCGUAAAAUGACGGCCCCGUAUGCUGACAGAGACGUAAAAAUAGUGUCCUCAAUUGGUACUUUAAUUCGUGCUAAAUACAUUGACACCCAAAUAAAGUGCAUAUUUUGAGUAUGAAAACCGAAAAACAUCAAAGCUAAAAACAACAGCUUUUAUGCUGGGAGCUCCCUGACUGUGUCGUUCACAAACUGCCGCGACUGACUUAAUGAAUGUGUCGACUUCUUUAUUGACCAGUAAGAUCAAAAUCAUGCUAGAAAUGCUAUUGAAAGUUGAGCACCGUCAAGUCUAAAUCAUAUAUAACAAAGACGUCAGGCGGCAGAGCCAUUCCACACGGAUAACGGCCUUUUUCACACUGUAUUAGAGAGGGAUUCAUCACAAUCGAACCCCAACUCGUUUUAAAGCGUUUUGAGUUUGGAAAUAAGAGGAAAAUAAAUCAAAUCAGAGCAAAAAUAAUUUAAAAAACGCUCUGUGUUUUAGCCUUCCUCAGACUGAUUCGGACGUUCGCUUUUUAAAAUCCUGAGAAAACUGACAGUGUAAUUAUUUUGAACGGACUGUUGGUAUCACGUCAGCUUCAUGUUUUCGGCUGCAGUUUAACUGGAACUGCAAGCGAUACACCCCUAUCCUCGGUACCAGAUCACCCGGCAUCUGGUAUCCAUAAAAAUAUUAUAUAUAUGCUUAAAAAUAUGACGCUCUUCUAGCAAAAUAAAUAAUAUAUACUUAACAGCAUGAUUAAAAUAUUCUUUACAGAUGAAGAUACUUUAGUCUGUGCCCCCAACGACACACUACUUUGUAUAUUUCCCGUCUACGGUGAGUGCCUACUUGUGCAUGAUAACAAAUUAUAGUUAGUCACAAAAGUGUUCCCGUUAAGUAUCAAAUUCAACGACGGAAGACGAAAGAAUCCAAUCAAAUUUAGAGCAAUAGAAAUUCUGAUUCAAGAACACAAACGGUUACACUCAUCCAAUCAGUGCUUAACAAUAUGGUGCUCUAUUCCAAAAAACUCUCCCUAGUUGAGUAAAACAAAGAUGUUUCAUUCACCGUUCAUUGAAAAUUGGCCACUUAUACUGUAUAUGUGCAGACCCCAAAAUAUUUCUAUCUAAUAAUGUUUUUGGUUUUUGAUACUGCUAUGUAAGAUCGCGUCUCGAUCACAUUCUGUCUACCCCAACGUAAAAACAAUGACUUAGAAAAUUGACUGUUUUUAGAAACCCCAUUAAAGUACUACCUGAAAUGAUGCACCUUGGGAACCUGAGGCUUCACUGUUAUAAUACAACUACAAAAUUUAAAAAGUUUAUCAGCUUCAUAAAACUGGAGAUUACGAGUCAACUUGAAAUGAUAAGCAGCAAGGUUAAAAAUAACAAUAAUAAUAAUAAUAAUAAUAAUAAUAAUAAUAAUAAAAAGAUUUUGGUCAACAGGGAAAAAAUUGAUUCAGUGGAUAACGGCUAUUUACGAGGCCGACUAAGGAUUUCAUUACCCUGAGAAAUAACUGUCCCUUCGUUCUCUCUAUGCAUGCAAAAAUAAUUGCACAAAAGUCAGUCGACUAGUAUUGUGAUUAACACACAGUCAAUGUUUCAUGAAUUAAUUAAGAAUCCCCAAAUAAUCCAUAUUUUUAAUUUGAAAUGUUACUUAUAUACAGAGACGUUUGGUGCAUCCGCGGAGAAGAAAAAUUGUGAAGAGAGCUGCCAGCAGCCGUGCACCGACACAGAAUAUGAAACAUCUUUGUCAUAUGCAACCUUGCAGAAGAAUGGUUUGAUCAACAAACUUAAUUCCGCUGCUAGGACAGUUAAACUCUACAAACAUUUCUUAAACAAGUCCGAGUCCAAAAAAGAAAAAUACCUUAAGUAA